AAACAUAAAGCACCUUUGGAGUUCCCGAGGGGCUCAGAUGAGAAACAGCUAUCAUCUUGUGCACAAGAGGGAUCACUUAUUCUCAACGGUGCAGACAUGUCGAGGUCUUUCUACGUCGAUUCUUUAAUAAUCAAGGAUACGGUGCGACCAGGACCCGCAGAGCACCCGGGACAGGACUUCCUUAUUCCCAUCAGCAUGCACUCCCCGAGCGUGAUGACGGUCACCGCUCCGGUGUGCCCGUCCAGGAAAAAUGGGACUUUCUGUGUGUGCCCGCUGUGCGUCACGUCGCACAUCCACUCCUCGCGAAGCGGGAUUCCCAUGCUGAAGAGUCAGUUUCCCGGAGCGGAGGCGCAGUACUGUCAGAGGAUAGCACAUCAGCAGUCCUCUGCACUCGCGCAUCCUGGACAUACACCUGUCUGCACGCCCACAUUCAGCGUCACAGAUCCCAGGAGAUAUCAUUGUCUUUCUCUUGGCGCCUCCGAGAAUAACCACAUACAGAAUGGCAAAAGGAUGCGCACAGCUUUCACCAGCACACAACUUUUGGAACUUGAAAGGGAGUUUUCCACGAACAUGUAUCUUUCUAGGCUCAGAAGAAUAGAGAUCGCCACGUAUUUGAACCUGUCAGAGAAACAGGUGAAGAUCUGGUUUCAGAACCGCAGAGUGAAGCACAAGAAGGAGGGGAAAGCCACCCAGAGGAGCGCGCACAGCGGUUGCAAGUGCACAACCGGCCACACAGACUACUCAAGGUCAGAGGACGAGGAGUCUCUGUCUCCGGCCUCUGCUUCUGGGGAGAAGGAGGUGUCUCCCAUCUGAUGUCAGCUCGACUUUUCAGGCUCUACUGCUGGCACUCACUCCA